UGUACACUCUGCUGGAAGGAGUUUUCCUUUCACCGAAGCACCACGAGCUUAAAGUACCACAUCAACGCCAAGCAUAGAUCUGCCGGGGAUUUAUCUGCCUGUUUGAGCCAAAACACUCCAACAAGACGCCGGGACUUCAGUUGCCAUGCUAAUGGCCAGAAACUUCCACCCAUGGUGAUAUUCAAAAGGACGACCUUGCCAAAAGAGACCUUUCCAGCCGGCGUCAUCAUAAAAGCUAACUCGAAGGGAUGGAUGGAUGAAGAAAAGAUGAGCGAGUGGUUAAGGGCUGGACUUAAGUCAAGAAUCUUCUGAGCGUAUGCUAUUGAUCCAGACUCACUUGAACAACUAUAUCCCUGAUGCUGCUCUGCCACCUGGUGAGACAUGGCUUCAAAGUGGUCCAUCGCGAGCAGUGCUUUCCAUGCCUUCCUGUCUCUGCCUUUAUGAUCCGGGACUGUCAGGUCCUGGAUCUUCUGAUGAUGCGCACAUGGACCAGAGGAAGGUGUAUGCCAAGUGUCACCUUCAGCAGGGCAUCAUAUUUGGACCCUAUGUUGGAGAAAUGACCAAAGACCACAUGCCAACCAACCUCAAAUAUGCCUGGGCUAUCAGGAACGAUGCUGCUUUUUUCUAUGUUGAUGCUUCUGAUGAAAACAAAUCAAACUGGAUGAGGUAUGUAACUUACAGGAGCAGUGAGGAUCAACACAAUUUGAUUGUUUUCCAAUUUUAUCAAAACAUCUACUACAAGGUUUCACAGCCCAUCCCAGAGGGUGAUGAGCUCAAGGUCUGGAUUGGCAUGGAGUAUGCCAAAUUGCUGGGCCUCAGGAUGGGUGAGAAUGUGAAAUGUGAACUCGGUAAAAAGGAGACAGUUCUGGAACUUCUGUCAGACAUUCAGUUUGUCACACUGUCAGAGCCCAACAGCUUUUUCCAGACUGGAGACAACAACAACCAAUCACUGCCUAUCAUCAGUGACCUGACCACCCUGUCACAAACAGAUGCAAAUAAUGAUUCAGGACAGAUCUCUCGCUUGUCCUUUGCUUCCUCAAUACCAGGCUCGUCUGCUCAAUUGACUGAAGCCAUCAGCAAUUUUCUCAUCAUGGAUAUCCAUCCUCCAACUCUGGUAGGUGGAAAGGGCUUUAGCAAGCUGAUCCACUCUCUGCUUCCCACCUACAAACUUCCAGCUCCUUCCUUGCUCAAGAAGCUCCUGAAUGAACACCACAGCAGAGACAAAGAGAUUCUUGCUCAGAUGCUGACGACGUCGAGUAACAGAGAAAAUGAAAAUGUAUUUGACCACACCGCUCCUAUUGAGGAUGAAUGCAGGAGACUUGCGCCGUCACCCAGUGAGCGGGGUGAGGUUCCUAAUUUUGUCACAAUCAGUGUAGAUGUUUGGGUCCACAGCUGGGACCGAACUAACAAGAGAUAUGUCACUCUGUGGGCACAUUACAUUGACUCAAACAUGGAAUGCCUAAAUGUCACCCUGGCAACACAAAGACUCAUAGAAUGUGACAUGACAAAUAACUGCCAUCAAAGCUUGAAAGCCCAAGUAAAGACCAUGGCCAACGAGUGGGGGAUAUCUCAGUUUAAUCUUGUCUUGCUGGGAGGUAAACGCAAUAACAAGAUGCGACUGCAAAUACUAAAUAAUACAAAAUGUGCAGAUAAAGCCCUUAACCCAAACUCAUCUCUGCAGACGGACAAAUCUGUGUCACCAAUGGAACAGCUGAAUCUACAACCGUGUCAUUCAAGUGAAGGGCUUCUGUUUGUCCCAUGUUUCUUCAGUGUUGUACAGGACUGCAUUGAUGAAUUGACAUCACACCCUGUCAUCUCCAAGACCCUCUUGCAAUUCCAAGGUUUUCUUUUAAGCCAGUUACAGGCACUCUGUCAAAACAAAGACUCCUGCCAUAGACCCUCAAGUUAUUACCAAAGUGUGUUGGAAACUUUGACCGAAAGGGAGCAGGCAGAGCUGAAGUCAUGGGCCAGCCACUGUCGGCCGACAUGGAAUAGACUUUAUCCUCUGCUAAGCACACUACUCAAACAUGAAAGCAUUCAAAGUGCUCUGUUAAAGCAGGUCAAAUGUGAGAACCUGAUGGAUGAAGACUUUACUUCAGAAUUUGAUAACAAUAAUUGUUGCUAUGCAAACUCCUCAUCCACUGCAGCUGUAUCAAACAUGGCGCCAUUGCACUCUGAGUGGAAUAUCUUGGAGGAGUUGUGUAUGGUCCUCAAACCACUGGAUGUGGCAUGUCAAACGCUUGCGAAAGAAGCCUUCCCACGCUUGUCUCUUAUUAAACCCAUUCUCACCGGCUUGCUUUCCUGCCACUUAGUAUGCCGGCCAGGGGACUCAAGCAUUUUGAAUGACAUGAAGCAGAUGGUGAGACAGACUUUGGCAAGUCAUUACAACAAUUCUGAAGUCAACAGAAUUUUAAGUGUGGCCUGUUCCCUCGACCCCCAGUUUCAUGGGCUUGGAUUCAUGGAGAUGACGGAGCAAAUGGAGACUUUUGAUUGGCUGAAGAAAGACACCAUCAGGAUAGUAAAGGACCGGAAGACACACAAAAGCAUGAAGAUACACUCAAGUAAGAAGUUCAUCUCCCCUGAGGAACCGGAAUCAGAGAGUCAUUUAUUGAAGAGACGGAAAUUGGGUGAGGUUGACUCUAAGGACAUGGAGGAUGAAGAAGAGAUGGCUCUGCCAGAUCUCGGCACACUCCGUAAAGUGUCUGGAAUGGAGUUUUUGCUAGGAGACUUGUUUUCCACACCACAGAGCAGGCAGGAUUCCAUAGAGGAGUCUGUGGACUUAGAGAUAUCAGUCUUCAGAGCUGAUAAGGGGGCUUCGUUGGGCGUGGAGCCCCUACAUUGGUGGAGGACAAAGGCGGUGCAAUUCCCAAUGUUGGGAAAAGUGGCACAGGUGUACUUGGCUGCCCCAGCAGUGGCAGGCAACAUGGCACAAGACUUUGUUCAGGACAGAGCAGGAACAACCAACAGGAAUAGAGACAAUAUUCCACCAGAAAGUUUGGACGCAAUCCUGUUUCUCCACCACAACCACUCGAUUAGCCAUAAAAACAAAACUUAGAAUGUGCCAUGUAAAUGAAUUCCUUAUUUGCUGAAUAGUUUUUUUUCCAAAACUCUUAUUUGAAGAUGAUCUUCACUCUGAUCUUUGGUCUUUUGAAAUGGUACUGUAUACCCUCAGAUAGUGCUGUGCGAUAAUAACAUAUAUAUUGGCGUGCAGGACCAUACAUGUCAACAAUGUAGCAGAGACUGAAAGCACAAUUAAAGCUAAACCAACAAAACCAGGAGAAGAAUUGGUGCUAAAAAGUGGAAAGAAAAACUACUUUUUCAAUCUAAUAAUUGGAAUUCAAGGCCCUAAAAUGUCUUAAAUUCGAUCAAAAUCUCGAGAAAAAAAAAUUAAAUACCAACAUUUAAGGUCUUAGAAAUGUAUUAAAACUAUUUAUUUUUUAACCAUUGCUUAACUUUAGGCUAGCUUUUGAUUUUUGAGGGCGCUAUUAAAAAAUACAAAUAAUUUAUGAAGCACAACCAACUAGUGAGCUGUGCCCACUGAGCGGUUCAGUUUCAGUUUAUUUCGAACAUGCAUACGAUAUAAUGUAAUAUGUCACAUAUUUUCUAAAUGCAAAUGCACCAAGUUGUUGACUUUCAGUAUUUUUGAUUCAAUAAAAGGGUUUUUAUGUUCUCUAUAUCCAACAUUAUGUAUUAUUCUAAUUUAUCUUUUUUGUAACACAGUUAGUGAAUGAAGUGCACAUUUGUAGUUAUUUCCCCAUAUUUCUACACAAUAACUCAGAUAUGGUAACCCUAGUGAGCAGUAGAGAACAUGGAGUGAUGUUUGGUCAAAUAACAUAUUUUGCUUUAUUCAUUAUUAUGUUUACAUGAGGUUUCCAGUUCAUUUUGUCAUCCAUUAUUACACAUAAAAAUGUGUUUUCUUUUACCCUGUCAAUAUAUACUCUGUCUAUUUGUAUUUGUGUCUGACUUUCCCUUCUACUUUUACCAAAUAGCAUUAUUUUAGUUGUACUGAGAUUCAAAGAUAGUCUGUUUUUGUCAAACCAUCUUUUUAAUGUGUCCAUUUCUUCUGUUAUUUGUAUUAGAUUGUGUGUGUUCUCUCCUGAACAAAAUACAGUUGUGUCAUCUGCAAAUAAUGUUAAUUUUAAGUCCUUUGUAACUUUACAAAUGUUGUUUGUAUAAAGAUCAAACAAUUUUGGUCCUACUCCUUGUAUUGAUCCCUGAGGUAUACUACAAGAUAUUUUCCGCUCUGUCGAUGUUUGUUCUCCUAUAUUCACGUAUUGCUCCCUGUUGGUUAAGUAGCUUCUUAUCUAGUUCAAGACCAACCCUCUGAUUCCAUCCAUCCAUCCAUCCAUCUUUUUCCGCUUAUCCGAGGUCGGGUCGCGGGGGCAGCAGCCUAAGCAGGGAAGCCCAGACUUCCCUCUCCCCAGCCACUUCGUCCAGCUCUUCCCGGGGGAUCCCGAAGCGUUCCCAGGCCAGCCGGGAGACAUAGUCUUCCCAACGUCUCCUGGGUCUUCCCCGUGGCCUCCUACCGGUCGGAUGUGCCCGAAACACCUCCCUAGGGAGGCGUUCGGGCAUACCAUUCUAAUUUGUUUAUUAAGAUAUUAUGAUUAAUGGUGUCAAAUGCUUUUGUUAAAUCCACAAUCACUGUAGCAGCACAUGUUUUGGUAUUUAUUGCAUUGGUGAUCUCUUCCGUUAUUUCGAUUAAUGCCAUUGAUGUUGGGAUGUGCUCUGUAUUCGUAUUGGUUGUCUGUGAGUGUUUCAUUUUUUUUAAUGAAUUUGUCCAAUCUGUUAAGCAAUUUUUCAAUAAUUUUAGAAAAUUGUGUAAGUAAAGAAACAGGUCUGUAGUUUGUAAACUGGUGUUUGUCUCCAAUCCUAUAAAUUGGUACAACUUUCGCUAUUUCCAUUUUCUCUGGGCGAUUGCCUGUUUGAAAUGAUAGGUUGCUGAUAUAUGUUAAAGCUUCUCAAAUCUCUUCAAUAAUCUUUUUUUAUCGUUUUCAUAUCAAUUCCGUUAAAAUCAGUUGAGGUCUUGGAUUUAAAUUUGUUCACAGUAUUGAUUAGUUCCCCUUUUGUCACACUUGCAAGGAUCAUCGAGUUGUGAUUUCUGUCUAUAGUGUCAUUCAAGUCCUCAACUGACUCAGGAUCUGGAAUCUUCUUCUCCAGAUUUGGUCCAAUGUUCAUGAAGUACUUAUUGAAGCUUUCAACUACUUUGUUGUUACUUUGUAAUUUUUUUACAUUUCCAUCCGAAGUAUUUAGGAUAAUCCUUCUUAGCAUCAUUUUUAAUAAUGCUAUUUAGGAUGGACCAUGUUGCUCUCAUAUUGUUUUUGUUCGAUCCAAUAAUUGACUAAUAUUCUUUCCUACGUGUCCAUAGUAUGCCAGUUAGCUUGUUCUUUUAUGUUUUGUACUUGUUUUCUGCCUCUGUAGAUCUUUGUGUUCUAAAUCUUGAGUUUAGCUAACAGCGGUGAUCCCACAGCAAAGCCAAGUUAUUUAUGUAAUGUAUAGCAAGUGCAAGUUCAACAAUAUGUGGCUGUAGAAAAUAUGUUGAUGCAUGAUUGAAGCCGGUGGAUGAAAACGUAUACAGUAAAAAAUGCUCGCCGAUGUCAUAACUCUGGUCAGGACCUGAAUGUAGAUUGCAGCAUUUGUAAACAUUGUGGUGAAAAUGAAUGGAACGAUAAAGAAAAAGUAAAAAAUCUGGGACAUGUCUGUGUCAAAAGAUGCUAAAAAGCCACAAACACCUGCACAACUGUACAGAGAUUGAUAUAGGACCCCCAAAAGAGUGUUAUGAAUGAUGUGGGUAAGCGGCACUAAUAGUCGAAGAAGAUUCGAAUGAGAUGAUCAUACUAAAUCAUACUAUUACAUACAUUAGGCUUACACAUGUCAGAUACAAAAUUGAAAUGUUAUGCACAUUUUAAUAUCCAAAAGGCCUGCAAUCCAAACAAGUGUUCUGUCCUGUUUUGUCACAACUUUGGGCAGACUGUAGUACUGCAGAUAUCUUUCUGUUUGCUCAAUUCUGAAAUUCUGAAAGUUAACCGUUUAUUUUAGCAGAGGUGCAAACUCCCCGUCGCAGACAAAAUGUUGUUGUAAGCACGACUCUACCAUUGCUGACUUUCUCAUUGUUAUGUGAAGACACUCGAAGCACACUGCACCUUCUGCAAAAAAAAUAAGAAUACAGGACUUUGGGUAUUAAGGCAUUGGAAUUAAAAAAAAAAG